UGUUUCCUAGCCGAAGCGCCCGCCGCCUGCUCACUCGCUGGCCGCCCGCAGCUUCAGCUCCGUCUCGCUGUGUCUCUCGGCUGGAGCCCGACGAGAUGGUGUUGCCCGACGAGAAGUGCGCCGCCGCCGGCGGGGUGUACCGGGCGCCCCCGGACCUGGCUCGGGAGGCGCAUGUGCCUUCCUUGGAAAAGUACCGGGAGCUUUACAGCCGCUCGGUGGAGGAGCCGCAGGAAUUUUGGGGAGACAUUGCCAAAGAAUUUUACUGGAGGAGCCAACAUACUGGACCAUUUCUGCAGUACAACUUUGAUGUCACAAAAGGGAAAAUCUUUAUUGAAUGGAUGAAAGGGGCUACAACCAACAUUUGCUACAAUCUAUUGGACAGAAAUGUCUACGAGAAUAAACUUGGGGACAAAAUAGCUUUUUACUGGGAGGGAAAUGAACCAGGGGACUCCACGACGAUCACGUACAGUGAAUUGCUGAGUAAAGUCUGCCAGUUUGCCAAUGUUCUUCAGGAGCAAGGCAUAAAGAAAGGAGACAGAGUUUCUAUCUACAUGCCAAUGAUUAUUGAGCUGGUGGUAGCCAUGCUAGCCUGUGCCAGAAUUGGAGCAGUUCAUUCCAUUGUGUUUGCGGGUUUCUCGGCAGAAUCCCUUUGUGAAAGGAUCCUUGAUUCCCACUGCUCACUUCUCAUCACUGCAGAUGCCUUUUAUAGAGGUGAUAAGCUGAUUAACCUGAAGCAGAUAGCAGAUGAUGCCUUGCAGAAAUGUAAAGACAAGGAUGCCCCUCUGCGAAGGUGCAUUGUGGUCAAGCAUUUAGGAAGGGAAGAACUGGUGCAGGAUGGGUCAAGCAGUAAGUCUCCACCUCUCAAGAGAAUCUGCCAGAGUGUGCAGAUACCUUGGAAUUCAGAAGUUGACCUUUGGUGGCACAAUGCUAUGAAGAAUUCUAGCAAGGAGUGUGAGCCUGUCUGGUGUGAUGCGGAAGAUGAACUGUUUAUUCUCUACACCAGUGGGUCAACUGGAAAACCGAAGGGUGUUGUACAUACAGUAGGUGGCUAUAUGAUUUUCACUGCCACUACCUUUAAAUAUGUGUUUGAUCACCAUCCUGAGGACAUCUACUGGUGCACAGCUGACAUUGGAUGGAUAACUGGCCAUUCCUACGUCACAUACGGACCUUUGGCAAAUGGGGCAACCAGUGUCUUAUUUGAAGGGCUUCCCAUUUACCCGGACGUUGGUCGUAUGUGGAGCAUCAUUGACAAGUACAAGGUGACCAAGUUCUACACAGCACCCACUGCCAUUCGCCUUCUCAUGAAGUAUGGAGAGGAACAUGUCCAGAAGUACAGCAGGAAGUCCCUGAAGAUUCUAGGGACAGUUGGGGAGCCCAUAAACCCAGAAGCUUGGCUAUGGUACUAUAGGGUGGUUGGUGAAGAAAGAUGCCCUAUAGUGGAUACCUUCUGGCAGACAGAGACUGGUGGCCAUGUGUUAACUCCUCUCCCUGCUGCCAUACCAAUGAAGCCGGGCUCAGCUACGCUUCCUUUCUUUGGGGUGGUUCCUGCGGUGCUGGACGAGUCUGGGGAGGAGCUGGAAGGAGAAGCAGAAGGUUACCUGGUUUUCAAGCAACCCUGGCCUGGAAUAAUGCGCACAGUGUACAAAAACCACCCGCGGUUUGAGACCACGUACUUCAAAAAGUUCCCUGGUUACUAUGUGACUGGAGAUGGCUGCAAGAGAGAUAAAGAUGGUUAUUAUUGGAUCACGGGUCGAAUUGAUGACAUGCUGAAUGUUUCUGGGCACUUGCUGAGUACAGCAGAAGUUGAAUCUGCUUUGGUGGAACACCUGGCGGUUUCGGAGGCGGCAGUAGUAAGCCACCCGCACCCAGUGAAGGGAGAGUGCCUCUACUGUUUUGUGACGCUGAAGGAUGGUCACGACUUCACAAAGAACUUAGUUGAUGAACUGAAGAAACAAGUUAGAGAAAAGAUUGGACCCAUUGCAACACCAGAUUAUAUUCAGAAUGCACCUGGCCUGCCCAAAACCCGCUCAGGUAAAAUUAUGCGGCGCGUAUUAAGAAAAAUUGCCAAAAAUGACCGGGAGCUGGGAGAUACCUCUACUGUGGCAGAUCCAGCAGUUAUAAACCACCUUUUCAGCAACCGGUGUGAGACAGUACUGUAGCAAGGCAGUCCUAGAAGAAAACAGCAGUAGUGCAGGGAUUUGAUGAGAAUAUAGCCCCAUUGAGACAAUGACUGUGUUUCUCUUGAGAUGAAGAAGCUGCCCAACGCUGAGCUGAAUGUAAAAUGCUGUAAAUGAAGAGAAGAAACUGGUGCUCCAAGAUCCAGUCCUUUUGUGUUGUAGAUCUAGUUGUCUGUGCCUCUGGAGAAUUGUGUGCAUUAUGUUGUAGACCGAUAACUACAUAUCUGAAAUUCCAGCCUCAUUCAUGUCGUACAGAAUGACAUAACAUUUUAAUUUUCAUGGAUUAGUUUCAUGAAUUGUUUGUUUUUAUUUUAUUUUUUUACCUCUUAAUGUGCUGCAAAUGGGCAGAGCUUAGAAUGUAUAGGUAUUGGUGUGAAAAGAUGGCUUUGCUCCUGAGUGGUAGUUAAAGGCUUUGAGAACCGACAAACUGAACAGUAAUCCUCAUGUUGAGGAAGAAUUAUUGGAACAAUUUUAUUUUUUAAAAAAAGAAAUCAAGCAUUCAUUAGGUUUCUUUCUUUGUUUAUAAAAUCCUGGAUCCUCUGGCUGCAUUUCAUGGGAAAAUCAAGUUUGUAGAAAAACUGCAACUCUGAAACUGUAUAAAACUACUUUUCAAGCUAUUAAUGACAAUGACUUUCCCACUCAAAAGGGAAUAAGGCUAUCUAUAUGUUUUGGAUUUUAAUAGUACAUUCGUGUAUAUGUACAGAGCUGAAUUUUCCCAGUGCAUCAAUUUUUUUGUGUGUGGGUGGAAGCAAAUUCAGGGAAUUGUAGUCAUGAAAAAUUGCAUUCAGUGCCUAGAUGUAUCCUAGAGGGAGGUUCAUAAAUUUUCUGUGGCUGUUGGUUGGUUCAAUUCCUGUACCAAUUGAACCUGGGUAGGGAAUUCACUUGGAUGGAUGAGAAGCAAGUGCUGUAGUGAUACCCAACGUUUCAGUGACAUGGGGCAAUUCAGUUACUUGGUUUUCCAAGUGACCAGCUAUGACACACAAUCACAUGAAGAAAAUGGAUACAGCCAGUGAUUUUCACCUAUGUUUGCUAUGGCUGGGAAAAGCGUAGCUGCAUUUGUGAAAAUUGUUUCCAGGUAAAUUUUUAUUUAGUCCAGUUUAUGCUUCCAUUUCUUGAUAUAAUAAUGGGCAUAUGUGUGACCAAAUACGAGUUGCUGCUUUUCUGGAGGGACAAAUAAUAACAACACUGUGACUGGUCUGCAGACAACUAUGCAGAGGUGUCUUUUCUCAUGGUCGGGUGAAUAUAUCCAUUGUUCACAAUACAGCAAAGUCACAGUUAAGGAUUUGCUUAUUCUAGGUUUUUCACCAUUCGGGUAGCAAAGAAAAAAAAAUCAAAUCAAGUUUAGGUAGAGAUCAGAUGUGGACAUGUAACUGGGAUUCCCCCCCCCCAAUAAUUUGAUCCCACAAUUCAGACAAACUCCCUAAUAAAUGUAGAUGAAAAAACAGGCUUCUUGUCUCAAAAGAUGUAUUCUUUGCCCAUGUAAUUAAAACAUGUCCCGAAAACCAUGUGCUUGGUGAAUAAUUGACUCAUGGUUAUACCUUUCUCAUUUCUUACCUGCUCUUAGUAUUCUAAAUGCACUUAUCUGUGGUCUGCAACAUCGGUGUAUAUUUAAUCUAAUGUCCUGCAGCAUUAAAGGUAAGCCAGUGGCUUGCUAUGUGCUGUUAACAUGAAAUACGUCCUUUUACUUUUAAUCUUGGUCUGACAUAAUUUUGGUUGGGAAAUGGCUAGAAUUGUUUUUAACUGAAAUAAAUCAAAGAAAUAAAAUCUAUAAAGCCG